AUGGAGGACCCCGUUGCCAGAACAGCUUCUCCCUAUUCUGACCCAACCAACAAAGGCCCCAAAUCCCAAGCCCAAGCCUCUCACCAGUCAGAUCUUCGCAAAAUGGUUUACUCAAACGUCAACAAGACUCCUCUUCACCCCGGCGGUGUUGCUCCCCACCAGGAGCACACUGAGCUCGAGGAGGAGCUUCACGAGACUGCCCACAUCGACUAUGACCGCGUCGCCAUUGUUCCCAACGCCUCUGUUCCUGCCCUCUACGAAGAUGCUCUCGUGUACGAGACCGGUUCCGCCAUCACAUCCAGCGGUGCUUUGACUGCCUACUCCGGCAAGAAGACCGGCCGCUCACCACUGGACAAGCGUAUCGUUGAGGAGCCUUCCUCGAAAGACGAUAUUUGGUGGGGACCUGUCAACAAGCCUAUGACACCUGAGGUAAGAAAAGACAAGGGACGACAAAAAGACCCCGUGACCUCGAGUCAUGGGCAGUCUUUCAUUUAG